AUGCUGUUCAGAUGGUUGCGCAAGGGGGAUAAUUCCAUUUUUUAUAUAAGAAGAAAUUUUCUCCAUCACUCUCCAAAUUCUGGAAGAUACUUUACCAAUAGGUUAUACAUGAAAAAAUGCUCAAGCUGCACAUCUUGGAAUCACCUUUCUGCUAUCCACUGUUCAAAGUGUUCACAUAAGCUGACGGAUGAUGACAUUAGACUCAGGACAAUCGACCCUAUUUACGAAAUAUCAAAUGUUCAAAAGUCAUCAAUAGUCAAAGAACAAUACAGUUCAAAGGUACUCUACCGAUGUUUUGAUUUUACAAUAAUGUACCAUCCACAGCCAUCCGGACUAAUACAUCUAUCCGCCACGCCAAAUGGAACAUUUUAUGAUAUCAAAAAUUUUAGAAGAGCACAUAUUCCUCUAAUUUCAAAGAUGAAGCAAACUUGCAUUAAUGUAUUCAAGGAAAUUAUCACUGAAACACCUGUUUCAGAAGGAGAUACUCAUCUUUCGAGAAUUAAGAGCUUUAUAAAAGAUGAUAACAAGGAGAAACACUGGAAUUUUGUAUCAUCUCUUCUUAUUUUCGGCUUUAAUUAUCCCAGCAACUUUGUACAUGUUGUCAUGCACGCAAUACUACCUCCAAUUCACACAUUCAACAUGUUCAAGUGCCCCUACUACUAUCCUCUAGAAACCGUCCUAGCGGACCUUGAAAGCUAUGGUAGAGUUCAUUCAUUCACUCCAGCCUUCAUGAGAAAGCUAAACGAAAAUGAUACCAUCUUCAAGGAUAUAGUAACAACAAACGACACUUUUAAAAAGACAAUCCUCGGUGAGGAACCCCAAGAAUAA